UUUAAAACUGAGUAGCUACUCUCAAAGUUGGUUGUUUGAGUCGAGCAUUUAAAAACACAAACACUGGGGUAUGGAUUCGCUUUCCCCAAGUUCUUUUGAAAUGAAGGUUUUAGAACUAAAAACUUGCAAACUACUAGCAAUUGUUAUCGUUGAGUCGACGAAGGAAAUGAAGCGAGAAUGAACGAGAUACCAAACUUCACGUCCAAGACUUGACAUUGGAAGACAUUAUAUUUCUGUAAUACCUAGACCCAUAAGCAAUCUUUUGGGACGGGGAGGUAUCAUGCAACUAUUUUCAAAGGGGCAAUUUUUUGGCUACUGGAAUUCUGAGGAGUUCGGGGUCAGGUGGGGAGAGAAGGAUGUUGGUAAUGAUUGCGAGAGAAAUGCAAUAGCUGAUGAUUAGAAGAUUACGUUGGUCCGACAUGAAAUGGUGUAUAUAAAUUCCGCAGCACUGAGAUUUUAGACAAUUUAAGUGAAAUAUUUCUGGAGAAAAAUCGCAGCUGAAUACGCAAAACUAUGCGGAGGGUUUUAUGAAACAGGUCUUGUGAUAACACAGGGUUUUGUUAUGCCUAGUCACUGUUUUGCCGAACUGUUGCCAAAAAUCUGUAUAAUCCGUGAAGAUGGUCGUCAAAGAAGGAAAAAUGCUCGAAUAUCUGAAAAACUGUCUUAUAUUGAGCCGGAAACGAAACCAAUCGAAGGAACUUAGUGGUGUUAUUCGACCCAUUACGUAUACUUGCGUGAAAAGAAAUAAAGAGGACGGUCUAAAGGAAAAUACUAACGAUUAAAUGUGAUAAAAAAGGUAAAACGUGACUUGCUAAACAAAAAGCAGUAAAAGAGGAAGAUCCACAAUCUCUAGGGGCUUCAUGAAAAAACUUCAGCAUUCCUUCAACCUCUGUGGACGAAAGGUGUUGAAACGAGUUGAAACGUGUGAGCACGUAAGAUUCUGUUAAAGUUCCAGAAAAAAAUGUCGUCAAAAAAUGUCUUAUAAUCUGGAUAGAGAGGGAAAAAAAUGUCAUGAGAGGGUAUUUCAUCGGAAAAGGGUAUUAUAUGUAAUGUUAUAUCAGAGUUCACUGCUUGCCAGUGCCCUUUUAGCAUGCGAUGUAAAGCGUUGAAAUCUUGCAAUACAUUUUCGUCAUCUUUCGAGACUUUUCUUGUUGAUAGAUUGGUCACAAUAGGUCAGAAUGUGAGAACAUGUUCGUGAUAACUUGUUUCCACAAAUUAAAUGACAAUAGCAGUCUUGGCACGUUCCAGUCGUCAACUUAGGGAAAUCUCAAUGUAAGUACAUGCUAACUAACAUUUUUGCGUGUGGUUGAGGAGAUACAUAAGCUAUAGUUCACGCAGAGGGUUUAUAUAAUAUCACAAUCAAAUAGUACGGGGAAAAUUAAGAUAAAAUCACAAUCAAAUGUUACGGGAAAAAGAAACCGAUUUGGUAAGAUAAGACCGACGACUAGAAACAUUUCUGCGUAAAAUUCUUCAACAUUCGCUGUUAUUUUAAAACUCUUGGGUUGGGUCAUUUUUAGAGUAAAUGUUUCGGACGAGGUCGAUAGUUUAACUUUGGGAAUGUUUAUUCUACUAUUUCCUUUGUAAAAUUUCAGUCGUCGUUCUUCAGUCCUAGGGGCUUUGGCGAAAUGGCUGCUAUCAACCUACUACACUUAAUAUUUACGAGUGGGGUUUCGGUUUGGUGAAUAUACUUAGCAGUAGAAUUUGAGAGACAUUUUGGUGGUAGGAUAAAGUUGAUUUUGGCGGUAUCUCGAAACCUUAUCAAUUUGAAGUAUUUUAAGAAGGACUUUUUAGCUAUUUUGGUGUAAGUUAAAACAGAUUUUUUUGUCGUUUCUUCGUAUCUCCGUUUAUCAGGAAGUUUGAAUUCCGUUAUAGGGACGCCAGCAAGUUUGCAAUUAGCACAAUGAUUCUUGUUGAUUGUGUUGUCACUCGACAUCGGACCGAUAUGAAUCGAAGAUAAACGAGCACCAAUUGUUGGCAUCAAUUGUUGGAGAAUAAGUGGACUCGGGGUUGGCAAACAACAAUUCCAAGUACAGUUUGUAAAGGAAAUAAGUCGGCAAAAUGUUAUUUCAGAUUAGGCUAGGGAAGAAAAUGUCAUCUGCCAUUGUAACGCUUGGAAAGUAGACGUCAUGCCAAAGAAAAAGGGUUAUUAAGAAGAUAUGAUUGACCAUCGCAGUUAUGCACACAACUUAGGCAGUUGUGAAAUUAAAGCCUAAAAAGAGUUAUUAACCAACAAAGAUUAAUCAAUAAUCCGAUUACCACGAUUUGACAGUUUUUAUAUCGUUUCGGAAUUAUUUUACAUGUGUCGACUAUGUAAAAAAAGACCUGAUGUCUUGUUCUUCUCGAUAAGAGAUUAGUAAAUCUAUUGCUACUGAAACCCGCGCUAUGAUAUGGACUUAAUUUUAGCGUAGGGCUAUUUUUGAUUCAGAUUUAACACAGCCUUUUCUCAAUGCCUAACACCUUUGUUUUUUAGGUCGGGAAAUGACUGAAGUAAUUAAUUGCUUGUGGGAUCCCCGUCUAGGAUUGCACCAAAAACAUAUUUUUUGGGUUGUAAUUUUUCGCUGCUUAAACAGAUAAUUGUUCUAAGUUGUUAUCAGAGGGCUGAAAAGUAUUAUUCCGUCGGAAACUUUUUCGGAGGGUAUUAAAGAUAAUCGUACAGUUUCAACUCCGGGAUCAAUGUGGCGAACAACUUUGCUACAUGAGGAGAUGAGGGUAUCACCUAAACCCAAUGCAUCCAGUGCUGAUUGUCUCACUGUUCUGGGUUUGCUAAAAUUGAAGCAUUUUCUUCCUUUGCAAGGCAGGGUAUGCAGAAAAUGCAGUGAUUCCUGAAUUGCUGUUGUUGUUGUUGCUGCUGUCAAAAUUGAUUUUUUUUCCCCCGCUACUUUCAACAUCUUGUCCAAAAAUAGCCUUUGGUGGUACCGUGGGCGCUUUAGUGACGCCACUGACGUUAUUGAAUGCGUGAAACUACUGACCGUAGAAUUGACCUCAGAGGGAAACACGUCGGGAAUUUUACAACGACAAAAUGGCCGAGAGGUGGCCAAGAGCCACGGCUGUUUGCUGUGAAAAACUGAUGACAAGCUUUUUGCAUAGAGCAACGAGAAGUCGAAGCUCCAACUGGACUGUGUUGUAAAGAAAAACGGACUUCGGGUGCUCGCAUUCUUUCAACACUCACCUACACUCUUCAGUGAAUAAACGCUUUCUUCAACUCAACGUACGAGUGCCUCUGCGAGAGCAAUCUAUUCGGAUGAGGCCGCUGUUACUUUAUUAAGGGAACUAACCAGUAGAUAAACUAAAACGACGUUUGAUAAACAAGCCAAUUUUCCUGCUAAAAUACAGCAGUGGUCAUCAAAACGCAACGUCUAGAGCCAUAUGAACCAUGCAAGCUAACCUGAGCAACCUGUCAUUCGACCCAUUCUACAAUGACGUCGAGUCUGAGGGCGAGAUUCCAUUUCUUGUUUUCGUCUUGUUGCUCAUUGUUGCCACUGUUGCCGGUAAUGGCUUCGUAUUCAUGGCUGUUUAUACAUUCCGAGAGUUGCGGACGGUGACAAAUUACUUUAUCGUGUCUCUUGCUUCGGCGGAUUUAGCUGUAGCUCUUCUGGCGAUGCCUGUGUGGCUCAUCAGCGCGCUUAUUCCCAUCGACAAUGAAAAUGAUCAUCUGGUUCUGGACUUGUGCACCAAAUGGAUUGAUCCUUUCUGCUGCACAGCAUCCAUCGUCAACGCCACAUUGGUUUCCAUUGACCGUUACUGCGCCAUCAGCCGGCCUUUAAGGUACAAGACCGUGGUGACACCACGCCGUGCCAAACAGUCCAUCGCCAUGGUUUGGGGAUUCUCAUUUAUCAUCGCUGGAAUCUCCUUUCUACAGUUCCACGAGGACCUCAAGGUCACUCACGGAUAUGUCAUCUUUUUGUUCUUGGCCCUGUUUUGUAUUCCUCUCAUUAUCAUGUCAUUUUCCUACAUCUCCAUCUGCAGGGCGGCCAUCAACCAGAUUUCCAAGAUGCAGUCAACUAGACUUGACGUAGACUCUUGCUGCGAUCCAAAAAGGAGGCAGUCGUUUGAGCGGAAAAAGCGCUUCUUCAAAGAACUAAAGAUCACCAAAAUGCUUGCAGUCAUUGUGAGCCUGUUUGUCAUCUGCUGGAGUCCGUUUCUUGUUGUUACUCUCAUCGAAGCUUUUACAUUCGAGGAAAUUCCACUUGCGGUUCAAGGAGUCAUUGUCUUUCUUCCUUACGUGCUAUCGUGUGCGAACCCUUGGAUCUACACUGGAAUGAACAGGGACUUUCGCUUGGCUUUUAAGAAACUUUAUUGCAACUCGAAAAAUCUAUGCCGCAACCGUUCUAGAGACGGUGAUGGUAACGAACGAAUGUUAAGACCACUGCCUUCGACUACAGUCGAUGAUACUUUGAUUUCCAACGGCCUGCGACACGGGCCCAGUUCUUUCAAAAGGGUAUCUACUCGAGGACCAGAAAUAAGCAUUACCACCGUCUAGGUCUUUGGGGUAGGUGAUGGUGAAAACGAAGGCAAUAACAAUUAAGUCCUUAAGUCAUCUUCGAACGUCGGAACUCAAUUAAACUAAUCAUAUUUAAAAUAUUAUUUAGAGGCAGAGGAUGCAUUUCCUCUCAAGCUCCCAAACUAGACGUUUUUAGAGCAGUUUAGACAGUACAUAGUACUUACAAUUUUAGCCAUUGAAAUGGUUUUGAUUGACUAAUGGAAGCACUCGGAAAGAGACGACUUUUAUGUCAAAAAGUGAGAAGUAUUUUGAAAGUAAUUCCUUCAAAACGAAAACAGCACUUGCAGACACAGCUCUAAGACAAAGCCAUUUGCAGUAAUGAUGCAGUCAGAUAAAAAAAGAAAAGAAUUUAAGGACUAAAAGAGCACAUAUUUUUGUCUGCGGACUGUUAGAAAAUAGCAAACGGAAAGCAGGGUUUAAAAUAGCACUGACUCAAGACAGGGACGUUCGCGUGUUUGCGUUGGCGUGUUGUUGGCGUCAGUGCUUUUUAUUUUUUUAUUUUUAAGAUCUGUUACGUUGCGGAGCGGCAACAAACAUUUAACAUGACAUACCGUGCACGAAAUUUAAAAAAAGACCACAAGCUAAGCUUUCUAAGGUGUUUUGGUGCCUUGGGAGAGGUAACACCAAAGAAAAAUAAAAAAGUGUAUUUUACUUUGUGCAUUUCCUACUCACGAUCCACGAAACCAAUUUGAGCCCAAGGAUUCAGGAAGUGGGCCUUGAUGGAGAUAAAUUUGAAUUUAUUUUGUUGGUCGUACUGAGUGAAAACUUUCAGCCUAUUUUCACCGUGUAACGUAACACCUAUUAUUCUUGGAGUUGCACUUUAUCUUAUACUGUAAAUUAAAUGUUACAG